AUGCGCAGCAGAGUCGACAUGAUCCUCUUGCCCAUACUUGGCCUCGCCUUCUUCGCUCUCCAAAUCGACAGAGGGAACAUCAGCGCUGCCCUGACAUCCACAAUCACCGAGGACCUCAACAUCACCACAAAUGAAAUCAAUGUCGGGACUCAGCUGCUGUCGGCCGGCAUAGUUAUCAGUGAGAUUCCAUCUAACGUGAUCCUACAGCGCGUUGGUCCGCAAAGGUGGCUGUCAGCACAGCUCUUCGCCUGGGGCUUGGUGGCCACAUUCCAGGCAUUCGUCAAGUCGUACCCGGCAUAUCUGGUGACAAGACUGCUGCUUGGUCUCCUCGAAGGUGGGUUUAUCCCGGGCGCGCUCUACUACCUGUCAACAUGGUACAAGAGGCAGGAGAGCAGUCUUCGCAUAACCCUCUUCUUUUUCGGGCAGAUGUUUUCAGGCGCAACGUCCAGUCUGAUCUCAGCUGGGCUUCUGACACUGUCUGGUAAGGGCGGCCUCGCUGGCUGGAGAUGGAUUUUCCUCAUCGAAGGAGUCAUUACGCUCGGUAUUGGGGUUGUAUUCAUCCUCUUGGUGCCGCCCAAGGCCGGAGAUGGACGACCGCUCGUCAGCGCUGGUCGCUGGAGUUACUUCACUCCUCGCGAGUCUCAUAUCGCUAUCCAGCGCGUCCUCCUCGAUGAUCCAAGCAAAGAUGCUGGCCAUCUCAAGAUUACUGCGCGCGACAUCUGGAAUACUGUGCGACAGCCCCGGAUCAUCCAGCACUUUUUCAUCACGCUGGUUGCUAUGUCUGGGUUCCAGGGGUUGACACAAUACACUCCAAGCAUGAUCAAGUCGUUCGGUUUCAGCGCAGUGCGAGCGAAUGCUUUGGCGUCGGUGCCGGUGUAUUGUGGCAUGUUCUGGAUUCUGAUACUGUCGUAUCUCAGCGACAAACUCGGCCACCGUGGCCCCUUCGUCCUCAUUGCCAUCACAUGGAAUGUAAUCUCAUAUGCCUGUCUGCGAGUCACUCCGGCCACUGCAGACCGGUGGCAUCGGUAUGGAGUCAUUGCAGUCGCCAAUGUUUCCUACGCUAGUAUGCACGUUCUAAAUAUCGGUUGGUUGUCAGUAUACUGCAAAUCGCCGCAGGAACGCAGCGUCGCCAUGGCACUGGUCAUCAUGGCCGCAAACUGCGCAGGGAUUUCUGGGUCACAAAUCUUUCGUACUAGCGAUAAACCUCUGUAUCACCAUGGUUUGACAGCCAUCUGUGCCCUCGCCGCGGCAUCGUGGGUGCUGGCUCUGGCAUUGAACCUGCAGUCCUAUUUCUGGCAUCAGCGGGGGAAGCCAAAGGUUUCGUCAGUCAAUGCAUGA